AUGGCUACGAACCAGACUGCCGGUGGUGUACAACCACCGCACGGCCAGUUCACGACCCAAACACCUCCACCAGGCCAGUUCAUCCAAAAUAUGUAUCGUCCAAAUCAAAGUCCGGCGCAGGGUCAAAUGCAAAUCCAAGGACAACCAUUACCCAAUGGUUUCCCAUCACCUCCUAGUACUGGAUCCGUGCCUGGUCAAUCGCCGGUCCAGGCCCAGCCAGGUCAACCCAGUCCACCAGGCAACGCCCAGGGGCAACCCGGAUCGGCCCCGGGAGCACCCGGGGCUCCCCUCCCUGUCAUGAUGCCUCCUCCUCACUUGGCAGGAAGGUUCCCGCAAGGAAACUGGAACUUGCAGGAGUCUCAUUUGUCGGAGCCACUACAGCCCACGAAUCGUCACCGACACUCGUCUAGCAAUGCAUCACAGCAACCCUUCUAUGGUUUCGACAAAGAGACGGGCGUUCCGGCAUCGCCACGGAGCCAGAGGGCUCCAGAGGCAGAGCAGCAACCACAAAUCCAGCCGGUAGACCAGAACGGCCAAGGCCCGCAACUCAAUGGCCAGGACAACUCCGGGAAUCUCAUCGAGCAGCGUCCGCGCGGGAAGUCGUUGUCACAGACAAAUACGGACGUGGAUGACCUACCGGCACCCGGUCCGAUCCCAGCUGCCGAUGGGAACAGGGCAAGGCGAAACUCGGGUAUCUUCUCGAGCCUCCGCAACAGGGUUGGGGCGGGUACUCCGGUCACAAGUGACGCAGUUUCCGAUGCCAGUGUCAUGACGGACGAAACAGGAGGACAGCAGCAGAGACGCGCCCAGAUGUUCAGUGCGCUAGGUGCCGCAGGCGCAACGGAGGCUCCUCAAAGUAAGGAAAGCAUCAUUGCUCAUGGCAGCACCACGCCCGUGAAUGGCGGACUACAGUCACCCCCUCCUCAGCACCAGCAGCAACAGCCGAAGAAAAGUAGAAUGGGCCUUAAGGCCAUGUUCAGCCGGUCAUCGCAGCAGGAUGUUUCCCGACCUUCUGGAAGCGCGCAGUCAGCUAGGCCUACGACGCAGGGUCAAGCUCAUGGUCAGCAUCAGGUACAACAACCCGUUGCUAUGAGUGGCGCCAACCCAAUGUAUCCUCUGCGACCAAAGACUUCGGGCCAGGUUCCCCCUCAGCAACAUCAGUCUCUUGCCUCUAUUGCCGAAUCUGAAAAGGCUAGAAAAGCCUCUGGUGGAAUAUUUGGCAUGUUUAAGAACAAGGACGCAAAGCCAGUGCCAGGUACCGGGGCUGGCCAGCCGCUCAUGGACCCCAGGCAGACGCUACAAGGUAUGGGACGAGGACAAAUGGCAAUGCCACCUCCUGGGCAAGGGCAAUUCCCACAACAGCAGUAUCGUCAACAGUUCCCAGUUGGUCCUGAUGGAAAGUUGCUGAUCUUCCCUGGUCAACUUCCUCCUCAACAUCAGCAGUUCAUGCAACAAGGUCAUCCAGGCAUGCAUCAGCUGCAGCAGAUGCAGAUGCAAGGGCAAAUACCAGGGCAGCAACGACCCCAGAUUAACAUGCAGCAGUCUCAGCCUUUGUUGCAGGGUCAAAAUGGAGGUCCACAGAUUCAGCCGCAACAACAGCAUCAGCAGCAACUCGACACUCGUCAGGGUCAAAAUAAUGGCCAAAAUGUGGUCUCUACAGGUCCUGUCAGCCCGCCAGUUGCUUCUCCCGCACCUUCAGAUACUCAAUCCGUAGUAGAACAGUCUCGUCCCCAGCAAAAUACACCUCCCGCCACCAAUGGACAGGCGCCUCCGGCGGCAACGAACGGAGGCCACGCCCGGACGUUCUCUCAAGGCAGUAACUUACCCAACACGUAUACUCUCGGCAUGAACGGUAAUCAGCCAAAUCAGUUGCCUGCGCGAAAGCCGGUAGGGUCCAGGGUCGUCUCAGCUCAGAUCCCUCCAAGUCUUAUGCCACAACAACAGCAACGCCAAAGGGGGGCUUCGGUCUCCUCAACUCAACAUCCUCAACCUCCUCGACCCCAGAGUCCGCCGAGCAUGCAACCCCCGUCAAGCUUGGGAACCCAACGCCCUUUGGAUUCUCAGCACACUUUGGCAUCCCAAGGCGGAAAGUCUCUUCCCGAUGUUCCCACCUCUGCGCAGCGGGCGGAUCAACAAAGCUCUGGUGCACAAGACCAGCAAAACCAAGGACCGGGUCGCCAGCAACAAUCACAGCCACAACCUAUGCCAGCUGGCCCGCAGAGCCUUGGUCAAGGCAUUCCCAACCAAAUCAUCCCUCCCGCUGGCCAUUCACUAUCUCACGCGGCAACUAUGGGGCCUGGCUUUCCGGCACAACAACCACAACAACCUCAGAGACCUCAGCAACCCAGCCCCGGUUUCCCCCCUCGGAAUGUCAUGACUACAGCCCCUCCGCCCAAGGAGAAGGAGCAGAGCACUAUUUCCAAGCUUUUCAGAGGGACUAAACAACAGACCCCGCCAACAACCUCUCAGGAGAAAGGGAAAUCGUCGUUCAUGAGCGCUUUGAAACGGGGCGGCAAUACCAAGCAAGGAGAGGCCCAACCAAGGUCUCAGCCCCAGUCGCCUCAAGCCAACCAAGGACAGUUCCAGCCGAACCAAGCUCAGAUGCAGCAAGCACAAAGGCAGCCAGGUUUGCAGCCUCCUCAAAGCCAGCUGCCGGGACAACCGCAACAGCCGCAACAGCAGCAACAACAGCAAGAGUCACGACCGGGACUGGGAGAACGACGGUCAAGCCCGCAUUUGCAGUAUCAACAUGAGAGGCAGGAUCCGUCCAAAGCCCCUAGCCCACCGGCACAGGCAGAUCUGGCCAUGCGCCCACCUGGGCAGCAGUCAUCGCAGCAGCCUACCCGGCCUACCCGUCAACCUGUUACAUCCGCUCCUGGCGCUCCCAAUCAGUCUACACCUGUGCCCCAGACAAUCCAACAGCCGCAACAAAUGGUUCAGGGACAGCCAGGCCCAACCCCAGGUUUGGUCCAGGGGCAGGGACCGGUGCCAGGACAGCCGUUGCAUCCUAACCAGAUGGCAGGUCAAGCUCAGGCUCAGGCUUUCGCUCAGCAGCAGUUUUUCCAAGCGCAAGCUCAGGCCCAUGCGCAGGCCCAGAUGUUUCAAAGGUUCCAACAACAACAAGUCCAGCUUGCUGCUCAAGGCCAAGCCCCUCGCCCAGGUCAGCCUCCAGCCCAAGGCCAAGGUCAAGACCAGAAUCCAGCGACAUCUGCGCCUCCAGGUCAAGAGCCUCGGUAUGCCCAGGUGCCCAUUCCAGCCGGUUAUUUUUCUGUACACCAGGGGAUGGCACAAACUCCUUCGCCCAUGGGCAUGCCGAUGCCGUAUUUCAUAAACGUUCCUGGCCAGCCGCCGCAAGGCUAUUUUAUGCCGAUGCCAGGGCAGAUGAUUCCCCCGGGGAUGCCCGGAAUGCCGCAGAUGUUGCCUCCUGGGUUUGUUCCCGGUCAACCUUUUAUGUAUGCUCAUCCCGGCGGUGGCCCAAUGCCGCCACCUGGACCUCCAGGAAGCGUACCCAUGGCUGGACCUCCGGGAAGCAUGCCCAUGGCCACGCCUUCUUCCGCUGGUGGCACCCCCUUCUUUACACCGCCGACCUCUCAUGGAGGACCUCAACAAGUGUUCCACGUUCCCGUACACCCAUCAUCUCCUCCGCCGGGCAGUGAGCAUUCUGGACAGCAUCCUCCAAGCAUCUCGCCUACUCCUCCGCCGUUUAUCGGAACAUCAAGACAGGCUAGCAACGUUUCUCCUCAACCUCAGUUGCAGUUCCAGCAGCCACCGCCGCAGCCAUCGCCCUCUCCGCCGAACUAUCCCCUCCCGAACACGCCUUUCUCUCCAGUGAAUCCGGACGCGGCGAAUGUUCUCAACCCACCGCUUCCCGUGAGCGAACCACUGCAGCAGCAGCAGCAGCAGCAACAGCAGCAACAGCCUAACCCGGGUCUUUUCAUCCCCCAACGACAAGUCAGCCAAGUCAGCGCCAUGUCCUCCCUGCAGCCCAGCAACGGAUCGCCUUCGAUGAACGUGAUUUCGCCCAUCUCGAACGACAGCGGAGUGACGCAGAUUCCCGAAGGAGGACAGCAGCAACUUUCCCGUUCCGGAUCCGCGGCUCUUCCUCCGGACUCCAGGACCGUCAGCCCGGAACCAGUUAAUGUAGCCCAGAGACUUUUUGGUUUGAGGAUUGAUGAGGAUGGUGGUGAUGACGAUAAGGACAGCAAGAAGGGUGAGAACGACGACCACCAUCAUCCGUGGAACGGAAUCGCCACGGACAGUGACUCUAGGGCAGUUAGUCCGGAACCACUUUUGGAUGAACAUGGGCCUAUGACACCGCCGCCUACCACGGUUAGCUUCAUCCGCGCGCAGGCACAGGAGGUCCAUGUGCACCGGUCGCCGGAUAGGCAUGUUGGGGAGAAUAAUAUAUAUGAUGCGACGCCGAGACAGUCGAUUAAAUCACCUGUCCUACUGCAGAGGCGCAACUCUGUGGAUGAGGAGGAGGAUGAGCCUGCUCUGCUCGAGUCUCAGAACGAGGAUUCAAUAGCUGGCUUCUUCGAAAAGAAGGUCGAUGGUUUAAGUGAUAUCCGUGAGGAGUCUCCCGAAAAGGGAAACAGCUAUAUCAUCAUGGCUCCUCCUGUCGAAGAUGUUCAUGACGAAGUCGAGAAAGCAGCUGCGCCAGCUCCAGCUCAUCAAGCGCUUGUCGUCGAAAACGGGGAAACCAACCACGGGAAACCUGUCGGAUUAGAGGAGGAUGAGAAGGAGGAGCCAGUUCUUCCAAGCCAGGUCGAGCAUAGCAAGCAGCAGCAGCAGUCACCCAAACCUCAACCCCAGCCAGAAGCCUCUGCACCAGUCCCAGCAGCGCAGCAACAACAACCCAUCAUAAUCUCCCCCUCCCCCUCCCCCACCCAAACCCCCGAACCCAGCAAGCCGCAGCAACUCCACCAUCAACAACCGCAACCCGACUCCUCAAACGGCGUCAUCACCACCGCCUCCGGCUUCCUCAUUUCCUCCUCCCCCUCUUCCAACCCCACCCCGGAUAACCCCAAAGGCAUCCACAUCAAACCCCUAACCGACCGCUCCAUCUUCGAAGAAGCCAAGCGCAAACAAUUGCUCAGGGAGCAAGAGGAGAAGAUUCCUGUGUUUUCGGAUGAUGAUGAUUACAUCAUGAAUCAGAACAAUGGGGCGAAUUUUGCGGCGGGAGCGGCGGGGCAGGGAAUGGGGAAUAAGAAAAAGGAGGAUGAUUUGGAUGCUGUGCCGAUGAUGAGUGCUACGAGUUAUCCCGGGCAGGAGUGGAAUCCGUAUGAUUUUGGGAUGGGGGGAGGGGAUGGCGGGGAGGGGUGGGAGGAUUGA